AUGAACAAUCGUUGCCUGUCGGAUUUUAUUGUACUUCUUUGCCUGAUUCUACUACGCUCCGAUGCUGGCCUUGCUGAUGGUGGACGGGUCAAACGAUUAUCGCAUCCCAUGAUCGAUAAUCAAACAAACUUCAUUGCCAGAUUUGUGGUCUCCAUUCGAACGAGAACGCCCCGCAAAUACUAUGGAGAUAAUCACUUUUGUGGCGGUGUCAUUAUAUCGCUCAGAUUCGUCAUGACCUGUGCCCACUGCCUCAUAGACAGUCAGAGGAUUUUGCUUGAGAGCAGGGAUCUGCUUGUCGUGGCUGGAUCACCCAAUAGGCUCAAGUUUUUCAGGAGCCGCAAUGUCCAUGCUCCAGUUAUGGAAAUUUUCGUGCCGGAGAACUUUACCAUGUACAAUACAAACGAUUUGGCGUUAUUGAAGCUCACAUAUCCAAUGCCCACGAACAAUCAAUAUGUGGCUGUAAUCAAGUUGCCCACACAGCAACCCGUCAUAGAAGGCGAGUACAUGGUGCUUGGCUGGGGUCGACUCUACCACGACGGACCACUGGCAUCGGACAUCACACAUAUCAUGGUGACGCUAUAUAGCCACUUGGCCUGCGAAAUGAUAUUGAAUGUCUUUACGGAUGAGAUGAUGUGUGCUGGCCAUGUGAAACACAAGGAUGUGAAUCCCUGUGCCGGUGAUCUGGGCGGUCCACUGAUUGCCAAUGACACAGUCUAUGGCAUUGUCAGCUAUCGCAUUGGCUGCGGCCACACAGAGCUGCCGUCGGUCUACACGAAUGUCUAUGAGAAUAUAAGGUGGAUCAAUUUUAUUUUAUCCAACAAUCGUAGCUGUCGUUUAUGUGAUUACUUUGCACAAUUAUUGUUUGUAAUUGCUAUAAAUUUGUAUGUAUGAAAUAAAUCCAUGUGGCA